GAGGAGACGAGAGGCAGACACCUGCAGCUGCUGUUGUUUUGUUCAGAAUCAUGGAGACGUCGUUCAGUAAUCUCACUGCUGCUGUGUUUCUGCAGGUCUGGACACGGUUUGAUCAGAACAAUGAUGGAUUUAUUGACCAAAAGAAACUGGAUGAGUUUUUACGCUACAUGAUGAAAACACUGAAAACUGGUGAUGUGUGUGAGCAGCAGAUGCAGAGAGUGACAGAGACGAUUCUAAUCAGCUGUGACAUCACAGACGGACGCCUUCAUAUGGACGAGUUGGCCGCCGUGGUUUUGCCUGAGCAGGAAAACUUUUUACUGGUGUUCCAUAGAGAAACUCCGCUGGAGAACAGUGUGGAGUUCAUGAGGAUCUGGCGUUGCUAUGACGCUGACAGCAGUGGAUACAUCUGUGCUGCAGAACUCAAGAGUUUCCUGCAGGAUUUGUUCCAUCAGCACAACAAGCAGAUCUCGAUGGACAAACUAGAGGAGUACACCGAUACCAUGAUGAGAAUGUUUGAUAAAAACCAGGACGGUCAUUUGGAUCUGAAUGAUUUGGCGAGGAUUCUGGCGUUGAAAGAGAACUUUCUCUUGAAGUUUGAGAUGGAGGCGUGCAGUCAUGAGGAUCGGAGGAGAGACUUUGAGAAGAUAUUUGCUCACUAUGAUGUGAGUAACACUGGCGCUCUGGAGGGGGCAGAGGUCGAUGGUUUUGUUAAAGACAUGAUGGAGCUGGUGAAGCCCAGUCUCAGUGGAUCAGACCUGGACAAGUUUAAACAGGUUCUGCUGGGUCACUGUGACCUCAACAGAGACGGAAAGAUCCAGAAGAACGAGCUGGCGCUGUGUCUGGGGCUCAAACUCAAUCCCUGAACCUCAGACUGUCAUCCUCAUCGCAUGACCGGCUCGGAGCUAACGUGACUCAUGUGAUGUUUGUGUUUAUUUAUACAUGAACAAUGACUGACUCUUGUUAAUGAUGGUAUCACUGAAUAAAUGUGUG